AUGGAGGGCGCCUCCGGAGCCGCCGCCGCCAGCCGCGCGAGGGGCAUGGCGCCCCUGGGGCUGCAGCUCCCCGGGCUCGGGGGCCGCGGCCGCUGCGACCGGACGCUCCUGGUUCAGGCUGUCGAUCAGGAUCGUGACGUCUACGAGCAGUGCCGGAAGCUGGUCAGCCAUGAUGGGUACGUGUACGACAACGCGCUCGGCACUGACGCCUCCAACCACGUCUACACAGCGGCCCGGGCAGGGUUGCUGCAUAUUGCAGGGCUGCAGCCCAGCUCCGACCCAGGCAGCACUAAAGAGCAGCGAGACGAGGUCCUGUGCGGCUCGCUCAAGGACAGCGCUGGAAACCCCGUCCAGCGCGCCUGGGCCAACGCGACCCUGGUACUGAUGCUCCUGCUCAUCAGGGAGCCCCGACCCACUCUUCCCCCGUACGGGAGCCUCGGCCACAUCGGUGACAUCCUUGAGGCCACCCUGUGCAUCUGCCCACCAUACAAUAAUGCUCGCUUGUCCGUACGUGACAGCUUUGGAAGGGUGCGCAACCUCGGGGAUGUAGACUUCCGCCGGCUCGUCGGCCGCCUCGAGACCUUCAUCAAGGCAUGCUCCAGGCUCGUCACUGUCGCUCACCGCCGCCCCGACGUCGGCGGGGCGCACCCCUCCGCGACCUGGAAAGAGGCCUCCGCGGACGACUUCCCCCUGGUGCCCGCCCUCCAGGCCCUCGGCAUUCUGGCAACCCCGGCGGGCCUCUCCAGCCUGCAGGCCGAGCCUGGCUUCGUCGUGUGCACGGGCUGCCGUUUCCGCUGGAACUUCCGCAGGAAUGCGAAGUGCUGGCUGCGCGGGAUCGGGCUGGAGCUGGCGCCCUCGAAGCCUUCGCCCCGCGUCGGGGUCUGGGCGGACGACGGCGGCGGCGGCUCCCAACCCGCACUGCGAGGAGGCGGCAGCGGAGGCCCACCGAAGAAUGGCGCCAAGGGCGGCAAGGGCGGCAAGGGCCGUGGAGGAGCCUCCCGUGGCGGCGGCGGUGGUGCAGCCUCCCGCGGCGGCGGCGGGGGCGCGGGUGGCCGUGGCGGAGGCGCCUUCCCGAAGGCUCCCUGGUCGGCCCCCCCCGAGAGCGAGCUCGAAGCGCUCCUCGCCUGCGGGGACCCCGCCAUCGCGGCCAGGCUGCAGGAGGCAGUCCGUGACGCGCGGGGCUGCGUCGCGCCCGCGGUCGCCCCAGCUCCGAAGCCGCUCGAGCAGAGGCUGCAGUCGGCCACGGCGAAGCGGAUCCACCUCCAGCGCCAGCUCGACGAGGCGGCGGACGCGCUCGUGGCGGCGGAGGACCACCUCGCUCUGUGCCGAGGCUGGCGCGACGAGGCGGCGGUCAACCUCGCAGAGGCCAAAGAGGAGGAGAACGCCCUCCUCCGCCAGCGAGCCCAAGCGGCUGGUGUCGUGGGCGCCCAGCCCGAUGGAGCGAGGCAGCUCACCUUCAACUUCGACGCGGAGUCAUUCGAGAACUUCGCGGAGCUGGAGGAGGAGGCGCAGGCCACCCUCAGGCGCCUCUGUGACGAGGGGCUCCAGAUCAUGCAGGGGGCGCAGGCUACGUUCGAGCGCAACUGCCAGGAGCACCAGCAGCGCAUCAAGCGCCAGAUCGAGGAGGAGGUGGCCAAGAAGCGCAAGCGCACCGAGGAGGGGCCUGCAGCAGCCGUGGCCGCUGGCACCCCCGUGCGGGGCGCGGCCGCCCCGCCGCAGCCAGCAGGACAGGUGGCGCCGAGCGGCGGCAUGCACGCCUACCUGGCGGCCAACGUCGAGGCCGACGCUGGGGAAGGGCUUCCCUUCACUGGGCCGCUGCUGCGCCAGGGCCGACGCUCCGACGAUGCGCGCCAUGGUUCCAAGUUCAAGCGGGGCGACCUCAUGGAGGUGGAGCUCUUCGGCAACCGCCUCGUGGGCCAGCUCGCGAAGGCGGGCGCGGUGAUGCGCGCCAUCGCCGACGAGGAGGCCCGCCUGCUCCAGGGCUGCCAGGCCCGCACCCGCCUCGCGGCGCGCUUCGCCGCCGAGUUCGAGGUCCAGGACACGGAGUCGGGCUUGCGGGACCUCACCCCCUACAUUGCGGCGGAGCUCGACGGCGAGGCCGACCCCCUGUUCGCCGCCGCGGCGGAGCCCGCCCCUGGGACAGGUGGAUUCAGCCCACCGAAGUCGCAGUCCCAGGGGCGCGGCCAGUUCGGGAAGAAGCACGACGUGGAGGUGCGCGCGGCUGGCAUCGCGGAGCUGGACGCGCUGGUUCGCCAGGCGCCACGCGACGCGGAGCACGUCGCGCUGUAUGGCGAUGGCAACGUGAAGGAGAUCGACGCGGAGCUUUGCGGUGGCUACGCCGAGGCGCAGGCCUCGGCGGCUGAUGGCGGCCCCCACCUCGCCACGGCGGCGGCCCUGGCAGCGGUGGCGGCUGCUGGCGCCUCCUGCUCGCGCCCUUCGCCCAUGAGGCGCCGCCCCGCCUCGGCCGAGUCGCCCGCGGAUGCCCUGCGGCGUGUCGCCCAGCGCAGGGCGCAGGUGCAGCCGAGGCGCCGCGAGGCCAGGCAGGGCCGCGGCGCGGAGGGGCAGGCGCUCGUGGCAACGCCCGUGCCAGCGCAGCGGCUGCCAGCAGCCGCCCAGCCCCCUCCGCCUGCGGCUGGCGCUGGGAGCCAGGCGGCAGCGCCGCCGAGCGCCGCGGCUACGCGGCGGCUGGCCGCGGCGGCCCCGUGGGAGGAGGCCGCCGAGCCGCGGCGGCCCCGCCCAGGGCUCGAGGGUGCACGUGGAGCCCACGGCUUCGCGGACGCAGCGGCGGCCCGCGAGCGCGGGCGAGCCGCGACGGCAGCGGCCGCCCGCGCAGGCCGCGCGGGGGAGCUGGGCCUGGGCCCCCUGCGCAUUCAGCCGCGGGGCCCAGCCGACGCGGCGGAGGGGAGCCUCUGCCUGCGGAGCCGGGGGCUGGCCGCGUGCGUGCAGGAGGCGCCGAGGCCGGCCGCGGGCGGCGGCGAGGGCUCUUGGCACAGCCCCGCGAUCCUGGUGCCCCUCGCGCACAUGGCCGGCGGCGCCUGCGCGCCGGCGGAGCCGGGGGCCCCCGCGGCGCACGUGGCCCUCGUCGUCGGAGUGGACUGGGACCCGGAGGAGAUCCUGGCGGCCGCGGGGGUGAGGCCGCCACCGCCGCUCGUCGGCACCAGGCAGUUCAUGGAGGAAGCCGCUGGCAACGCGAGGGUCAACUCCGAGUCCGUUGAGCAGCGGCUGAGAGAGGCCGAGAGGAGGCUGGAGGACAACGUCGCUGCCGCCAAGCGCUCGGUCUACCACGCGGCCUCGCUCGGGCUGGAGGAGGCCGAGAGGGCCAAGCGGUCUCUGCGGGCAGCCCUGGCGGACGCCCGGUCCCGGUCGGAGUCCCUCCGGCAGUGCUUCAAGGAGCAGGGCGCGCCCAGCCCGCCGCGCAGCGCCGCUGGGCGGGCCGCGCCAGACGGCCGCGGAGAGGCGGGCCAGGCGGAGCCGCGCACGGCGCAGGCUUGGAGCGCGCGCGGCGUGGAGGAGCUGCUCUGCGCUCCCGACCUUGCCGCGGAGGGCUGGGUGUGUCUGCAGGGCCCUCACGGCCAGCAGUGCUGGCACCACAGGUC